UCAAAAUGAUGCAGGAAUUGUUAACCAUUGAUGACCUACCGGCGGCUAAUGUGGAACUGGAACCAGAAAAGAUUGACGGUGGAAAAAAUGGAGGUCCUUCAUUUCAUUGUGAUCUGUACGACACCGAAUUAGUCCACAAGAUAGCUCAAGGUUUCGUUCCUGGAUUAGCUACGGCUUGUGUUGAUAACACAUCUGGUGAUAUCUUCAGGACCCCUGCUUCUGUGGCCGCCGAGGUGCGAAAGGAAAUGGUGGAGUAUAUCACUCAAAGAAGCGAGAAUUUUGUUGCAGAAUCUGUUAUUCUAGAAGGUGGCCAAGAUGGACAAGUAUCUGAUCAUCCCUAUGACAUCAUUUCUGAAUUUGUUGAUGACUUUGCAAGUUCCAAGAGAAAUUUGUUUAGUAGGGUAUCAGGAUGGUUGCUCAGUGAAAAGAGAGAAGACAAUAUAGAUGAUUUUGUUCAGGAGAUGGAAAUAAAUGGGUUUUGGUUGGUUGAUAAAAGAGAAACAAUAGCACAGAGUUUGCUAAAGAAUGUCGACCUUAAGAAUGAGCAUCACUGCAGUAUGAAAUUUCACACCCAAGAGGAGCUUGAAGUGCAUGUCGCAAAGUGUAGCUAUAGGUCUACGAGUUGCAUAAACGAAGGAUGUAAUGCCAUAUUUUGUGCGAGACAGGUGGACAAGCAUGAUGCAGUUUGCCCCUUCAAGAUAAUUCCAUGCGAACAAAACUGCAAUGACAUGAUCAUGAGACGUGACAUGGACAGACAUUGUAUUACCGUCUGUCCAAUGAAGCUUGUUAGUUGUCCUUUCUAUGCGGUGGGUUGUCAAUCCCCAGUACCACAUUGUAAGCUUGAACAGCAUCGUUCAGAUGAUCUCCAUUCUCACAUGCUGUUUGUAUUACAAAGUAUACAUAAGGAGACAUCUAGGGAAGGUCUGAAAAGAAGGCUGGAGCAACUAAAAGAUGCAUCUUCAUCCAAUAACUUGGCACAAGCUCGAGAUGUGAGAUCACUAACCUCUGCAGUCAAGGAUCUUGAAGCAAAACUAGGACCGAUGGAAAUUAGCAGGAAACAACAAGAGAAUCUUGAUGUAGAACAUGGGCCAGAGGAGGUAGGCAGCAAAGCUCCAGAGGUUGUGGAACCAGAGCCAAAAGAAGUGAACAAUGAACCUGAGGAGGACCUUGUAAUAAAACCAGCGUCAAAGGAAGUUAGCCAACAAUCGGAGUAUCUUGAAGCAAGAUCAGAGCCAAAGGAAGUCGGUACAAAAUCUGCGGACGAUCUUGAAGCUAAACCAGCACAAGAUGAACUGAGCACCAAACCUGUGAAAGAUCUUGAAGCAAAACCGGCUGCAAAUGAAGUCAGUAGCUCAAAACCCCCGGAAGAUGUUGAAGCAAGGUCAGUGAGAGUGAGUAGGAAGGCCCUAACCGAACAAGAAGCUAAACAAGCAGCACAGGAACUGAGCACCAAACCUGCAGAAGAUCUUGAAGCAAAACAAGCCCCACAGGACAUUAGUAGUUCAAAACCCCAUGAAGAUGUUGAAGCAAAAUCAGUGGGAGUGAUUGGUCACGCUACAACAGGAAAUGAAGAUAAACCAGCAGCGAAGGAACUGAGCACCAAACCUACAGAAGAUCUUGAAGCAAAAUCAGCUCCAAAGGAAGUCAGUAAAUUAAACCCCCUCGAAGAUGUUGAAGCAAGGUCAGUGGGAGUGACUGGUCAGGCCCCAACAGGACAGGAAGAUAAACCAGCACAAGAGGAACUGAGCACCAAACCUGUGAACAAUCUUGAAGCAAAACCAGCUUUGAAGGAAGUGAGUAGCUCAAAAAUCCCCGAAGAUGUUGAAACAAGGUCAGUGGGAGAGAGUUGUCUGGCCCCCACAGGACAUGAAGCUAAACCAGCACCAAAGGAACUUAGCACCAAACCUGCAGAAAAUCUUGAAGCAAAACCAGCACCAAAGGAAAUCAGUAGUCCAAAACCACCUGAAGAUGUCAAAGAAAAGCCGGUGCGUGUGAGCGGUGAGGGCCAAAAAGGACAUUAA